AUGGGCCUGUUCAACAGGAAGAGCAAGUCUGGUGCCGUUACAGACGAAGCUCCAAACACGAACCCUGCCGCAGAAAAGUCCAACGGCUCCAACGAUACCACAGAUGCCCCGUCGGCCACUCCUGUUGCUGAAGGUCUCCUCCCACAAUAUAAUCACAAUGGUCAUCUGAUAAGAAGGGGCAUUCAUCCUGACGGAGAGAGUGGUCGCAGCGGAAUUCACCCGGGCUAUUUCUUCAAGAUAAUAUGGACAUCGUCUUGCACAGUUUCGAGCUGGGUCAACAUCUUGUGGCCUUUCGUCCCCGCCGCCAUUGCCCUCCAUUUUAUUCAUGGCGACCACCAUCUUUGGACCUUUGCCAUCAAUUACAUCGCGAUGGUGCCCUCUGCCAAUCUGCUUGGGUUUGCUGGACAAGAACUGGCAAGAAAGUUACCAAAGGUCAUGGGUAUCCUUAUCGAGACGACCCUGGGAUCCGUCGUGGAAAUCGUCCUAUUCAUGGUGCUGAUCGCCAAAGACGAUGGAACUGGCCAGAUUGGCAGCGGCAACAAGAUUGUAGUGAUCCAAGCCGCCAUCCUCGGGUCCAUCCUUACCAACCUUCUUCUUUGUCUAGGAUCCUGCUUUCUCGUUGGCGGGCUGGUGCACAAGGAACAAACUUUCCACGCGGUCAUCAGUGAAGCCGGCUCCGGUUUACUCUUGGUCGCUGGAUUUGCCCUCCUGAUCCCCAGUGCCUUUUACUCGUCGUUGAGCCGCAGCACCGUCCCGGCCGGCGAAGAGGGAUAUACAGCCGCACAGUUGCGCAGCGAUACCCUCAACAUCAGCCACGGCGUCUCCGUCAUUCUCAUCGUUGCAUUCGCGCUGUACAUACUUUACAAUUCUCUUUCGCAUGACAACAUUUUUCAAGAAGUCCUCGAAGCCGAUGAAGAGAACGAUCGAGACAGGCAUAAAGACCUCAAAAAGCCAAAGCUGACCAUGACCGAAUGUAUCGUGGCAAUCGUCUUUGCACUAGCUUUAAUCUCUCUCAUUGCAGUCUUCCUGGUGGAGGAGAUUGAGUUUGUGGUUGAAAACGGAAUUCCCGACAAUUUCUUGGGUCUAAUUCUCGUGCCAUUGGUGGAAAAGGCUGCGGAACAUUUGACUGCCGUCGACGAAGCGUACGACAACCAAAUUAAUUUCGCUCUUUACCACUGCCUUGGCCCUUCGAUUCAGACCGCUCUGUUCAAUGCCCCAUUAGUCGUCAUUGUUGGCUGGGGUCUUGGUAAACCCAUGGAUCUCAACUUCGAAAUCUUUAUGGUGGUGCUUUUGGUCAUGUCUAUCUUGGUAGUUGGCAAUUUCCUCCGGGAUGGAUCGUCCAAUUACCUAGAAGGUGGCCUGCUUGUGAUUGUGUAUGUCAUCGUCGCAGUCACCGCGUGGUACUAUCCCAACGCCGAGUUGACCACAUCCAAUGGAGCUUCAGGGGGAACGAACAGUAGUGGUGGAGAAGGCACUGAAGCGCUGGUCCAUGUCGCAAAGAUGCUGAUGGCCUGA